AUGUGCUUCAGCGAGUUCAUCGGCUACACCUGCGGGCACGCCUCGCUGCCCGUGCUGCGGCCGUGCCCCCUGACCACGGAGCGCCACAGCAACCCGGCCUGCAGCCUGCACGCCCAGCGCCCCUUCCUGGCCGACGAGAUGUGCGGGCCCUGCCAGCGCCUGCUGCACUCGCGCGCCGUGCUGAUCGAGGAGGCCGAGCACCGCUUCAUGCACGAGCGGGCCGUCUGCGGCUGCGAAGUGGUCUUCCCGGAGCUCAUUCGGCCGCGCGCCAUCGGGCCCCCUGCAUCGCCGCCUGAUGAUGAGGACGAGGACGAUGACGGUGAUGCCCUGCAGGGCGAAAGUGGCAUUGGUGAUGGUGAUGGUGGCAGUAGCGCCGAGAAGGAGAACGGCGUCGGCGGACUCGGCGCUCCGAGAGGUAUGGCUGCGGUGGCGGGCACCGCCAUGUUCGUGCCCGCCGCCCGCGGCGCGACUACCUCUGAGAUCCCUCCCCUGUACCAGGAGACCAACACCGGCCACCGCCGCGAGGUGCACGUGCGCCUGCCCUCGCUCUACGGGGCGGAGUGGCUGAGCGACCACCGGAAGGAGCACGAGGCCGGCCGCUGCGGGUGCAAGGCCGUCUUCGCCACCUACCCGGAAGUGAAGAAGGAGGUGAUGCCGGCCGCCACGGACGACGACGAUGACCACGGCGACGACCACGACGACGACGCAAGCAACGCGAAGAAAGCACGGCAUCCCACCAAGAAGGGCAAGAAGAUAUCCUACAGCGUGCCGGCCCGCAGCCCGGCCGAGAUGGCGGCGGGAGCCAAGGCCGAAGCCUCCUCCGACACCCUGUCGCUGAGGCAGCCCCGGCCCAAGCGGCCCGACGGCCUGAACCCGGCCGGCCUCGCCAGCCACGUGCGCGGCCUGUCCUUCCACGACUUCCAGCUGAGCCAGUGGUCCUCCGACUCGUCGACCGGCUCGCCCCAGAUGACCACGCCCGCGCCGUCCUCGGAGCCGAAGAGGGCCCGGGCCCGCUUCGUCGUUGAGGAGAGACGCUUGCCCACGCCCCUGCCAGACAUGCCAGAGCCGCGCCCGGCCGAGGAGAAGAAGGCGGCGCGCCCCAAGGUUGCCGCCCGGAUCGCCGGUGCCGUGUACCAGGUGCCCCCGGCGUUUGCCGGCCGGGUCGGAGCCUUCCUGACGACUGCCAGCUCCUCGUUCGACCAGAGAGGCGACCACACCGGCCUCGUCUUGGAUGCCCAGACGUCUGUCUACCCGUCUCAGAAUCUUCAGCUGGCAGGGCUGCCCAUCGGCGCAGGCCCGGAGGGCUUAGCACCGCACGUCGGCGAUUGGGAAAACUGUGCUCUGAACCGCCAUCUCGAGUCAAACUGA